AUGGCUUUCAAAGGGCAUCCAAAUCUAGGCAAGAUUACUAGUGAUGAAAAGGGGACUUUGGUGACUACAUGCGCGAUUGUAUGCGCUUCAGGGCAAGCUAUACCUCCAGUUCUUGUUUUCCCGAGGAAGUAUUACAAGGACUUUAUGUUAACUGGUGCAGCUCCAGGAUUCUUUGGACUUGCUAACCCGAGUGGAUGGAUGAAUACGGAGCUGUUCUUCCAAGUCAUACAGCACUUUAUAAAACAUACUUGUGCAUCUUCAGAAAACCCUGCAUUGUUAAUAAUGGAUAAUCACGAAACCAAUCUGAGUGUUCACACUUUAAAUGUAGCAAAAAAAUCUGGAGUCUGUGUUCUUACUCUGCACCCACACACGACAGCUAAAAUGCAAUCGUUUGAUGUGGGCUUAAACGGACCAUUUAAAACUUAUUAUAAUAGCUCUGUAGAUUCCUUGUUGCGAAGAAAUCCAGACAAACAGAUAAUUAUUUACAACGUUGCCAAGUGUAUGGGUCAAGCACAUCUAAAAGCAAUGACGCCUUCAAAAAAUGUAGAAUUUUUCCAUACAACGCGGAUGUUUUUGAAAAAAUAG